GAAUUAACAAAAACUAAUGCUAAGUAUGAAAAUAUGGAAGAAGGCAAUGAACCGCCAACUCAAGGUAAUUACAACAAAAUGGAUAAUAAGACUGAGCACUCAAGUUCUAAUCGUCCAUUUUAUCAGCCAAGUUUUGAUGAAAUUACAACGACCACUACUCCAAAGUUAUCAAAGUCAGAUUUUACCAAAGCUAUUAAACAUGGAGAUAAAAAAGAAACUUAUACUCCACCCAAAAACAAUCCAAAUGAAAAAGCAAGCAAUCCAGUGUCCUCAAGUGUUAAUACACAAUUAUCAAAAACUAAAAUUCAACUUACAAUGGUAGCUAUUACUGAAGCUUCAACCAGUUCCACUCCUACAUCAUCAAACUCACAUUUAGGCAGAGACAUUAAACCCCAACAACAACUACCAGAUUAUAAGGAUAGAAUUCAAAGUAAUCAAGUUGACAAUACACAUUUAAAUCAUGAUGUACAGUUGGAUAAAAUGAAAGCAAAAAAUGAACAAUAUGUAUCCAUUUCUACUCCUACAACGUCAAAAUUUGAGCAUAGUAUUUUUAAUGGACAACUAUCUCAAAGUAAUUACAAUGAGCGUGACAGUGAAAAUAAGCAUUCAAGCUUAGGCGCACCAUUAGUUAAAGCUACAAGUAAACCAAUAACAGUGAAUGAUUCCAUAGCUUCCAACUCAGAAAUGACCACUUCAAUUGAAAAAGGACGCAAAGAAAGCAAUGAAGAUAUAUCUUCUGCAAGUAGUAUCAGUACGGACUUGGAAAAAGAACCUUCAGGUUUUGAUGUGUCAGCUAAAGUCAAUAUAGUUCAACCAAUAGCCAACAAGUUAGCAGAGGAUACAACUAUUUCUACUCCUACAGCAUUCAAGCCACAUUUUGAUCAAAAUUCUAACCAAGGACAGCAGGAAACAAAACAAAAAACUAAUUAUGGACAGCUAUCAACUAAUUAUAAUGAAAAGGACAUUAACUCAAUUCAAGAUGCACACAUGGAUACACCUACAAGUCAGCCAGCAAGUGUUUUGGUUGACGAUAUAAGCAAUUCUACUCUGAGACGUGAUGCUAGUUUUAAAGAUCUUACAUCCACAACAUUCACUCCUCAUCAUAUAUCGCCAACCACUACAGCACCUCUACAGAAAGACAACAGAAAAGAUAACAGAAAGAUAAGCAGUUCAAAAAUUGUACCAAAUCAAAGACCAAAACCCAGUAUUGGAAUGAAGCCAGAAGCCAACCUAAAACUCAAAAAUCCUAAGAAUGACCGUAAACCUGACCACACACCUUCACCUGACACCCAAGUUAAGAAUGACCAGAGGCGAAUGCAUUCAAAGGUGACACCCGGCAGAGCCCCAUGGCCAGCUCAGACUCCCUCUAAAUCUGAUCAAAGCACUCUAUUACAGGUAAACGUCAAGAAUAAUCCGUUACCUUCUGCUACUCCAAUACAAAAGGCAAGCACUCCUACACUGGCCCCUAGCAUGGCAGGUGUGCUAACAGAUGACAGGAAAAGACCUAAUGUGACCUCAUUGCAUGACAGCAGACAAACUAUGCAUUCUGAAAUAGAUAAGGUCAGCAGGAUGAAGCAAUUUAUCAAAAAGACUGGAAAUAUGAAAAACAAUACAAGUAAAGUCAUGCUAGCCCAAAAUAAAUCAUCAGAGGUGAACGGUACAAAGGAAGGCAGCAAAACGAGCCCAGCAUUAAAUCUUAAAAUUCCCCAAAUUAACCAAAAACCUAAACCCCAAGUGCCCAUAGUUAAAUCUGCAAAUCCCAAACUGGAAUCAAGUCGGAAAGUGAAAGUAGAACAAGCACUAAAGGACAAAAUUCCAAAAAUAAAUACAUUUGUUGAUUUGAAAAACAGCUCAAAAGUGUCGCCUGGACUUAAACCACCAAACAAGCCGGUCAAGCCAAAAGUUAUACCUGCUUCAAAGAUAAAACCACAAUUAAAAGAGAAAGAAAAAAAUGCUAAAAUGGAUGUAAAGCCAACAUCUGGUCCUAUAAAAUUAACAACUUUGAAUUGGGAGACUGCUCGUGACCUAGCAGUAGACCCCUUACAUCAAAAUACUACAACCUUGGAAAGUUUAACUAUGAAUCCAAACAGAGGGGUUAUAUCUAGUUCACAAACAACUGAGCCAAUCCCAUCCAUCGCCUUGACAACAGAACCAAACAUAGCCACCCAAGUAUCCACCACUCUACCAACAAAAAGUGACUUCAAUGUAGGGGAAAACUCUCCAAGUUUUCCCCCCAGGGUUCAACAACUUAGCCCCACUGUGCGCGCUGUUUUCAGGUCAACAGCCCCUCCAGCCCCCCACCCUGGUCCUAAAGCAACAGCUGUGGAGAACACCACUCCCAGUGCACGAGAGCUGAGAGUGAAAAUUAACCAGGUGGCAGCGUUCCUCAAUAAAAGUAGCCAGCAACAACCACACAGCAGGCCCCUGGAUGAAGGCCCUGGAGAUCACACAGAAGUGGGUGAAAAAACAGAUGAAAAACCAGAUAUGAUGGUUGCCAGAGACUGUUCAGACCACGUGCUCAGGGGACACACCAAAAGUGGACUGUACCUGGUGACCCCUGACCCCAGCGGCGGCAGCGUGCACGUGCUAUGUGACAUGGAGGAGAGCGGCGGAGGAUGGACCGUACUCCAGAGGAGACACGACGGCAGCGUCAGCUUCAACCGCUCCUGGGCCGAGUACCGUGACGGCUUCGGGUUGCUGAACGGAGGGGAGUUCUGGCUUGGAAACAACCUGAUCCACCUGCUUACCCGGGACAGGAGUAUGGAGCUGCGGGUGGAGCUGGAGGACUUUGAGGGGGUCCGGGAGUACGCGCUAUAUCAACUGUUUAAAGUGGCGAGUGAGCGCAUGCGCUACAGGCUGACCGUGGACGGGUACUCGGGCACUGCAGGUGAUGCCCUUCGUUUCAACACGAAGUAUAAUCACAAUAGCAGGGCGUUCACCACCCCGGACCGAGACAAUGACCGCUACCCGUCCGGGAACUGCGGAACCUACUACAGCUCCGGUUGGUGGUUCGAUGCCUGUAUGGCAGCCAACCUGAACGGGAGGUACUACAAGGGCAGGUACAAGGGAGUGCGCGAUGGAAUCUACUGGGGCACAUGGCACAACAUCUCCACAGAGUACUAUCCCACAAACGAGAGACUGUCAUUUAAAACUGUCAGAAUGAUGAUCAGACCAAAGGGUUUUAAGCCAUAAGCUCAGGUAGAGACUGAAUAUUUUAUUCAAAAACUACAGUCAGAAAGCUCUGAAAAAAGUACUUUGGUUUUACUAUUGCACUUUUUAAAAGAUGAGUGCAAAUAAUGUCGUUUUAAUCUAGAUGUACAGACAAUGCUGCCGCCUUGUGGCUGGUGUGCUUAUAGGUGUUUAUAAGGAUGUAAAAAAUGUUUAAUUUCUGUAUCUUUUUCGUAUAAUUUUUAUUAAUGCACAUUUUGUGAGUGUGAUUGUGAAAGCACUUUUAUAGUGCAGUAAAGAAAAAUGAAGGUAGCAAAUGUUAAAACCUCUUGCACUUAUCCAAACUUAAAAGUGGGGCUCCUCCUGUAUAAUAGGCCGAGUAAAUGACUUAAGCCCUAAGUGAAGAAAAGGCCUUGCAAUACAUACAGUAUAUUAAUUUGCCUAGGACAUGGUGGCCUGGUGGUGGUGUGGCUGUUCUAGAUCCAUUUUUAACAAAGAUAUUUUAUAUAGACUACGCAAAAUAAACUGAUGUAUUUUAGAAA